GAAAAAAGGCUCUGCACCAUGGCGGGGACAGAGGCCGGGCGAGCACUGAAUUGCCGCCCAUUUUACUGAUGAAGAAACUGAGGCUGGACUCACUGCAGUCACUAUGAAAUUUGGAGCAUGUGAACAUAUCCUGAUCCCUUGAUGAGUUCCAGUAUGUGGUAUAUUAUGCAGAGCAUUCAGAGCAAAUACUCUCUUUCAGAGCGCUUAAUUCGAACAAUUGCUGCCAUACGUUCCUUUCCCCAUGAUAACGUAGAGGACCUGAUCAGAGGGGGAGCUGAUGUGAAUUGUACCCAUGGCACACUGAAGCCACUGCACUGUGCCUGCAUGGUUUCAGAUGCUGACUGUGUGGAGUUACUCUUGGAAAAAGGAGCUGAGGUAAAUGCUCUAGAUGGCUACAACCGGACAGCUCUCCAUUAUGCAGCUGAGAAAGAUGAAGCUUGUGUAGAAGUCCUUUUGGAAUAUGGUGCAAACCCCAAUGCGCUGGAUGGCAACAGAGAUACCCCACUUCACUGGGCAGCCUUUAAGAAUAAUGCCGAGUGUGUAAGGGCCCUCCUGGAGAGCGGCGCCUCUGUUAAUGCCCUGGAUUACAACAACGACACACCCCUUAGCUGGGCAGCCAUGAAGGGAAACCUGGAGAGUGUCAGCAUCCUCCUUGACUAUGGUGCAGAGGUCAGGGUCACCAACUUAAAGGGCCAGACACCUAUCUCUCGGUUAGUGGCUUUGCUGGUUAGGGGACUCGGAACAGAAAAAGAGGAUUCUUGCUUUGAACUCCUCCACAGAGCUGUUGGACACUUCGAAUUACGGAAAAAUGGCACUAUGCCUGGGGAGGUAGCCAGAGACCAGCAACUGUGUGAAAAACUGACUUUGCUGUGCUCAGCCCCAGGAACUCUAAAGACAUUGUCUCGAUAUGCUGUUCGACAUAGCCUGGGACUCCAGUAUCUGCCAGAUGCAGUCAAGGGCCUGCCACUGCCAGCAUCUUUGAAGGAAUACCUGUUACUUGUGGAAUAACUGAGGAAGAGCUUGGGCCAUCACACAGCUGUUCUACAUGAGGUUUGCCCUGCAGACCUGGCUCUCCUGUUCUAUCAUGGGGAAAUGGAUACAAACAGCUCAUGUUUGGUGCAUAGAUUUUGAAGCAACAUAUCACAGCAAUAACACCUUUGCCACCUCCCCUCUAAGCCAAGCAACAACAACAAAAAAUCCCAUGCUUUUUUGUUUGCAGAAAGUGUGUGUAUUGCUUACUCAGCUUUUGAUAUUGCACCUUCUAAAAGGAAAAGUCUCCAUGUUCUCUUGUUUAGGAGACAUAUAGCUGGAGCCAGUCGCACAGCUGAAUUUCUUUAGGAAAAUUAAAUGUAUUUAAAUAGUGUGUGUGAUCUCCCUGCAGAGAUGUUUGGUUACUAAAAACCCUUUCGAAGCUUUUUAAUUGGUCUUUGGAGAUAUUCAGAGAAAUAACAGUCGAGAUAAUACUGUCCACGGUCCAAAGAAGAAAAUACAACACAGCUUAAAUAGUGCAAGUUAAUAAUGACUUAACUGAGUGACACUAGCAUUGCCGUGCAAUUGAGGGGGGAACGUUCCUUUGUUUCCCGUUACAAGAAACAAACUGUCCCUGUUUUCCCUGUGUGUAUCUCCGUGCUCCAGCAGAAUUAAUUUAGCUGCUCUCCAGUGUAGAGAAAAUAGUUCUCUCUGCAGACCUCCAUCAUCCCUUUCCUUUAGACCUUUUGGUGUCUGAUUCCAGAAGAGACGAGUAUAAGCUAGGCUGCUUUCUUCCAAGGUCAAGUUCAUAGUCUGUAUAGAACACUCUACUAAAUGUUUAGAAUUAUUACUUAAGUUGUGCUUUGUAUUAGUUGACAUUUUGGUCAUUUCAGGCUGUGUUUGUGUAUGUGUUGGUAGUGGGGAGAUACUGUAUAGAAAAGAACUACAGACCUAGAAAAGUGUGGUUUAGGUCAACAGAACUUUCCAUUUCUACAUUCCUAAACUUUGAAUCAAGUUGUCAUUCAUCCUUCUGAGAAGCUGUAAUCUGAGGAAUAUUUGACUAAAACAAAAAACUGUGUAUGUUAGGAAGGGCAGGGAUGGGAGGAAACCAUAUGCAAAACGGGAAUGCAAUGUAUUGAAGUAACUGAGGAAAAAGACUUUGAAUGCACUGGGUUCAGGUACUGGUUUUGUGUUACUAAAAACCCUUUCGAUUCACUGAGUACCCCAGUUCCCUUAAGACUAUAUAUAAAGUACAGAAUAGAUGCCAAGGUGUAUUGAUUGAUGAGUUUCCUUAUUGAGAGUUCCCUGAAAUCACAGGUCUGGUCCAAAAAAAAGGUGAAUCUUUUUUGCUGUUUGUAUACUAUAUUUUGAUGGGAAAGUAGUAACUCCAGUGGGGAGCUUCUAGAUACCUACUACGAUAUUUAUUAUUUUCUGAGUAUUUUGUGUGUUUUUCCCCCCUUGGAGGUAUAACUAACUACAAGAUAUCUCUGCUCUCUCAUACAUUAUGUAACUCCCUAUUUUGUGUCUCCAAGCUUGACAGUGAUUCAUUAAUAAAAUCAUUUCAGAGGGGUUAGGGAAAUGGGAAUUACACACACAGGGGUACAAUUGAGGUGCCCAUGGAGAACAUCUGGUGAAACUAGAGGAGGUAAAUGUCUUCCCAAAUUCAUACCACUGGUUAAUGGUUAAUAAGGAUUAAAACCCAUGUCUUUUUAUCCUCCAUUUAACAAGUGUUCUCAGCUGGCUGAGAAACUCCCACCUCGCUUUAAUGUGUAACUAGUUUCAUCCCUCUCGGCUUUGGAAAAUAUUUCCUCCAUUAAAAAAACAAAACAAAACAAAACAAAAACCAUGCCUAGCCGGAUGUUAUGAGUCAAAGCAUGAUAGGAGAUCGCUCUCUUGGCUUACUCCCCCAUUGUUAGCCCUUUGUGAAUGGUUUUCCUCUCAAUCUUCCCAUGUUACCUUGUUGCGGUUCUAUUCACUAGACAUUAAGUACUAGACACUAUGCCUGGUGACAGGGAUACAGAGACACGAGUGAAAAAUUCCUUCCCUUCCAGGAGGUCACAAGGCCAGAGCAUUCCAGCGUUACAUUCCGCUCAGGAAAAUUCUACAUAAAAUGGUGUAUCAUUUGAUUUCUUGAUUUAAAGUAAAAACUCAACUUCGUUAGUUUUCA